GCCUUCUCUAAACAAGUGCAGGGAUCUAUCACUGUAUUUUCCCACGACGUUGAUUUCACAAUUACAUCUACAAAUUACUAGAGCAUAUGUACAAGAGCCUGUUUGUGUUUGCUACUCGUGCAGCAAGAACGACGUAAAUUUAUUCAAUCGCAACUCCUGUUUGAAGAUUCAAAUAAAACUUCACGCAUGGACCACAACAUCCAGGACGUAUCUUUUUGUUUGUUCAAAAAAGAAUGGACACGAUUACAGGCCAGGAGAACGAACCAGAAGCAGGCUCCUAUGUACCACUGAGACGUGAUACCUGAAGAUACGGGAAGAUACGUGAGAACGACCACAUGGACGACCACUGAAGAUAGACCUGCGAACCGCAUGGACGACUGAUACUAUACUGCGCAGUUGGUUCAGUGGCUUGGGCGUUGGCCUGUUCACUUAUCGAAGAGGGUACUUGACGAGCCACGAUGUCGCUGUUAGAAACGCUGGAUCAGGAGACACUGAAGAAAAUCCUGAGCAAUGCUAUUCAGGCAGGCGUGGUGGAUAUUAAGGCCGUUAGUAUACUGAGCUGGUCGCACCUGCCCAUACUUACUUUAUAGGUGUAUUCAUUCUGUAGAGCUCGUCCUUUCUUGGUCGUUUUACUUACUCCGGCUUUGCAGUGAGAAGAUUAAACAGAAAAGUUCCUUUAUUUUCUCCAACUAACUAAUCAUAUUUAUAACUUUAACUGCAAUAGAGCAGGGCGAAAUCGAAAAGGGCAUUCAGUGCUUGGAUGAGGUAAGAAAGGAUGCUAUUUCACCCUAGGCGGGUGCCAACUCACAGCGGUUGUAACUCUUCUAAGAAAAAGGAGACACUAAAUCCGGUGCACCAGCAGUCUUACGAGCAUGUGGUUUCUGGGAACCUAUUUGAGGUGCCGCCAGAAUGCGAUCGAGUCCAAUACCUCUCAGAAGGCGGCUACGGAGUGGUCACGAAGUGCCGGUGUCUGAAUCCAGCCAAGUACAAUGGCUUUGACCAGGUGGCGGUCAAGAAAGUACUAGAUGAGUUUGUGAGCCUCCACCCUCAGGUUUUGAUGGUGCUAUGCAUAACAUAUAUUACUCACUUGGCUGUAAUUCUAAUCGAUACCACUGACCGCUGAUCCCAUGUCGUCGAACCUGCUUACCACUGACGCAUCCCAGGUCUCUCUUCCGCACGAGCGUGCCUUCGACGGAGAAUGGGAGGAUAAUAUUCGGCUAUUGAGGGAGAUCCAUUUCAUGAAGCACUUGCCUCAUCCGAAUGUCACGCCGAUUAUCAGUCUGUACAUGAACAAGGAGGCACGCGGAGGAGACCUCAAGCAGCUCAAUUAUGACGGAAAUCGUUCGCGUUUCUUGUUUUCUUGAGUUAUAUAAUACAGUGAAACUAAGUAACUUCAACGUGUAACUUGGCAAUGACGAGACAUACAAACCCAGUUGUUAGCCACUAGCUAGGAGCUACUGGCGCGAGAUAUAAUACAACUGGAGGUUCUUCAAGAGGCAUCCACGGUGUUGAAUUUUGAAUAGGGAUAAAUCAGCAUCGUAAAGAGGUAGAUCUACUCACUUUCAUCAAUGAAAAUGAAUAGUAAAAUAUCAACAUCUGGAACAAGCAGGUUUAUUCACCUUCUAAUCCCUGUGCUUCUACAUCGUCAUGCCGCUCUACGUGCCUGGGAGUAUCGACCAGAUGGGCGUGAUCGAUGAUCAGAAGGUAUUCUGCGGCAUUAUGCGUGAUUGCGUCUCAGGCCUCUUGUGGAUGCACAAGCACAAGGUCCUGCAUCGUGAUAUCAAGCGGGAGAACAUUUUUUACGACGAAAUAAACAAGAACGCAGUCAUCGCAGACCUAGGCAUGGUAUGGAUGAUGUUUUUUCUCCCAUCUGUAUAACAGACCAUGUUCUAGGCUGCCCCUUUUCCCCUUGGAAGUGUACCUAUAUUAGGUUACAACGGGAGCCACCUCGAUGAUGGUCUGCCCUUAGACGGGAAAAAAAACAAAAUUCAUAGAUGGCUAGGAGCACGAAGAAGAAAAUGACAGGAGGUCGCGAGUGCAGUACAAAAAGCUACUUGGCGCCAGAAUUGAUAAUGGAGACAACAGAAAGCUACUCGUUUCCAGUGGAUAUAUGGGCGCUCGGAUGCGUCUUCUACGAAAUGCUCAUUUUUGCAGGUAUGAAUUAGAAGUGAAGAGUAUAUAUGAUAUCAUGCGUAUAUUAGAAGUACCAUCUUCAAUUUCUCUAUGAUCUUCAUCAAAAACAACAACGAUAUUUUAUUAUGAUAUCCGCAAUCCAGAUGAAGGGGGUUCGAUGUUUGCUGAGUCGAACCCGUACCACCUCAUUCUUGCUAGGCAGUACUCGAUCAACAAGACGUUUGGAACGAAGCUGAGCCGCAAGCGCAUCAUGCUCGGCACGCACCACAUUCAGCAGAUCGCAACGCAAGAAGGCAGCUGGGUCAGAAGUAUGGCCGGUUGUUGUUCGUGUCGUUUAAGUAUUCGAGAGUAGAAAGUGCAUCUUGUAACUAUGUGUACGUACCUGGUGGUACAAGAAAUUGCUAGCUGUUUUGGUCUUGCGGGAAAUAACUAGACCUGGUGGUGAACUCCAUGUUGACAGGACAUCUUUCAUUUCCUAGCGUUGGCUGAGUUUGGAGAAGCAACUGGACAAAUUUACCGGAGAGAACGGAUGGGAGGAGUCCAUGAAGCCCUUCUUGGAAGAUACUAUCAAAAAGUGCUUGCAGUUCUAUCCUGAAGAGCGGUGUAGUGCACAAGAAUUAGCCGACAUUUAAGGUUAGUUUCUCCAAAUUGUUCAUUUUCGGAAGCAUCUUUCUUGAUCUUUGGUCCCUUUAUUACUUUAUUUAGGGGAAAAACACAAAGCUAAUGCUAAGGCGAAAGCAACAGCACGUCCACAAAGAUACACGUCAAGAAAGAUGAAUAUGACAUGUGCAAGAACAUGUUCUAAGACAUGUUGAAGAAGUCCUUCGUAGCGAAGCUCGUAGGCGGAAUCCACAUGCCCAAGCGCGUGAAGCAGAGCACGGUAACCGAGAACUUCUUCGAGGAAAUCUCAAAGCUGAAAAGUGAUAAAGAUCGCGGUCAGAGGAUUCGCGAACAUUUGUACGAGCUCACGAAAGUUAUGGCAGAGUUAUAAUUUCUCAUUUAUCGUAUGAAGGGCUCUCCGUCUCCCCCAUUUCUAUAAUUGAACUAGUUCAAUAGUUCAAUUUCGGCAAUAGUUCAUAAUUAAUGUUGAUGAGUUGAUUGUCACCAGUAGCACUUGUUCAUAAUAUAAUUUUUGUCAGCUGCUGUGUAGAACAAGGGACAGGGGUAGGGGUACUUACUCGGAUAUUCAGGUAAAACUCGUCUCAACAAUUUGAACACCAGAGGUAGAAGUAGAUACACUUCGUUCCCUUCUUCAUACAGAAAGAAGACGACAGCAGUAAGAACCCUUUCGUGAAUGUGCCUAGCUAUACCUUUGGCGAUAGCAGCAGCCAAGUAGAUACGAGUCCGAGACGGAGUGUUCUCGACGACGUGGCACCGAUGGAUGUCUGCGAGCCAACCACAUUUCAGCUUGUUAAGUGCAACAAUUAAGUCCUGUGAGCGACCUCUUGCUAGGUAAAUGAAUGAAUGAAUGAGUGAAUCCAUCUCUCUCAGCAUCUCGAUACCCUGCUUAUGAUUCUUUUCGCCGGAAGAGAAGGGGUCCUCGAGGUGAGGGGACCGAGAAGGAUAAAAGCUGACUCUAAAAACCUUGGCAAAGGAGUGGCCGGCAACGUUUUAUCCUCGUCUUCAGUGAACAUUGGUAAUGUUAAGGCUCUCGCAAUAAAGUGAAACUCUUGUUCUUCCUGAAUAAAAGCAUCUUCUUGUAAGGAGGGCUCCUUUCUAAGGGAAGAAGAAAACGACAACUAGUUGCCAAUGAGGUGCUUUAUUUGUGGAGGAAUAUUAUUAUGAGAAUGAGAGCAGCUGAAAGAAGUCCAGAGUUCUAGGCUCAGACUGUUUUUCGUUUGCUGUAAAAAGAAUAUCAACCCUUUGGUCUUCCUCGGUCUAUCCUAUAAUUAUGAGAGCAGUUUAAGGUCUUCUAAUAGUGGCGGUAGCUUGAAUGCGGGUGUCCGACACGACAGUGCGACGCGUAAACCGAGUAGCGCAGCUGCGCUGAAGAUGAGAGCUGGCAACGCUCUUGGGAUGCAACUACAAAAGGCUACAGCGUCGACCGAAACAACCGCAUCCCAGGACUACGAAGCAUGGAAAGAAGUGGAAACGGAUCGACCGCUGCUCGUUUUCAAGCCAGCAAGUUCCUCGAAAAAGUAUGCGACAGACGAGGCGGGCACGAUUGAGGGUUUUUCAGGUGCCGAUCCUGAGAAACUCCAACUAAAUCUGGGAGCGCCGUCUGUGGCAGCAAAAGUUAAGGUCUGUAGAACAAACUCCUCAACACAACUGCUGCUCCUCAACCUUCAACACUGCUGCUACCUGCGAAGAAAGUACUAGAUUCAAGUGAGCCAUGAAGGAAAUCAGAAUGGGUAGUACAACGAACUGAUAGUAGAAAGGACAUGAACUUGUUGUAGACUCUAGCUACGAGCCAAAGCGAGAUACUCUACUCAACGACCUCAAUUAUAGAGACAAUCGUAUACAACGAACAAUCUCCAUCGUCCAUUUCCAUCGUCUGCUCUAAUGAAACCGAUGCGAAGACGCCGAAAGCUAGCCCGCGCGGGAAGGCCAGAGCGAAGGUUACGCCUGCUGCUAAGCGGCGUAAUUGGCGAAAGGCUAUGGCAAUGCCUACCAUCGAUGAGGACGACGAGCCCGAUAAUAAUGGAGUAAAUAUUACGGCUUCUAAAAGACUCUAAACCAUCUUCUCGUGAAGAAUGAGUACUCCUAACCGACAUGUUUUGACCUGUGCUGCUAGCGUCUUGGCUUCGGUCAUGUUCACUACCAGAACUUAUCUCUACCAGAACUUCUUGUUUGAAAGAGCGGCGGCAUAUAGUCCUAACGCAAAAAAAAAAUCUACGGGUGCUGGGAACAGCAUCGUCAGGGAUACACACAUGACGCCUGGGAAGGCUUUAAGCCAUCCCCCUGGAAAGGCUUUCUUUCUACUUCACCUCCAGGAUGAGUCACACAAGAUGGAUAAAAACCAGCGAGCUCUAAAAACAGGUCAGUAAGCAUCGCUGAGGACCAGGAUCAGCCACCGAGCGGGAAGGGCGUCUCGUCUGGAGGAAAGCUAGGUAUGUCAGCGUCGUCUUCUAGCAGCGGACCGCUGCGACGGCCUAGCGUCGAGGAGGAGACGCCGACGGUCACAGGCCUCGCAGGCAUGUUCGGAUCGAAGCUAAACGUGCGGACUCCUGUGACCGGUAUGAAUGUUAUGUUGGAGUUUUAUGGUUUUUCUGGAAUUCGAGUCGUGGUACCAUCAAGGUACUAGUAGUUGAGGAAGCAUCAUGAAUUCACUCUUAGAAGUCGUACUAGCAGCAGUACAUGUACUAUGUCUAAUAUGUUCGUCCCAUCUUUGUGGUCUAAAAAGUCUAACAAGCGCGGAGCAUCGAGUGGUACUUUCAACAGUGGUACUUUUUCCGCUGGGAUCGCGUCUGCCAGCUCGUCUGCUUCCUCGUCGGACGUACCACCAACAGCGGCAAAGGGUAAGUCUCCGAAAGUCUCGGCGCCGAAGAAAAACCCGAGUCAGAAGCGCAAGCGCGGCAGCAUAAAAGAAGUCAAUAAGGGAGCAAGUAGCAAAGGGAAUAACUCCUCGCCCAAUAGCGACGAACCUCCCGAACAAGUGACGAACGAUCACCCGAACAAGAAACGAAGAACCUAGUUGAAAGCUGGUAGAACUUUCCACCACGUCAACUACCAUUUAAUGAGUCGCACAGGGCAAUAAUUGGAGUAAGACUAUGACACUAUAGUUCUUUCUCUUUGGAUUUUUUCGAAGUUCCCUGACGUGAAGCUCACCCAGCGUUUUCAUAGUAAAUCUUUCACUUGAUUUAGCUCCAUCAAGAAAUUCUUUUGAUAGAAAAAUGAGUAGGAAAGACUCCCGGGAUCGAUAUUUUUACUUGUAGUUGCCGUUUUGACGAAAUAAACUUAAACUUUUUUAGGGUAUGUGUAUGGAGCUGUGGCGCGACAGCCAUGAGGAUGAAGGCUUCAAAGCACGCUUCUCCGCAGGUGAUGAAAUUUGGAGAAGUCUGCUUUAUUUGUGGAGCAGAAAACGUAGACGUGGAGCUCGCUGAGGUCGUUGCUGCUGACGUCGCAGAGGGUGUUGCACAAGAUGAUGUUGAGCUACCAUCAGCAGCAAGUGCAGGAGGUGCGACAGCAGCAACGACCUCUGCGACGUCCAGUGCAGUAGGUGCGACACAAAUAUAGAAGACUUCUCCAAAGACUUCUAGUACCCUUAAGAUUUGUGUGCUGUCGAAGAUAAGAAGUUUUGGGUAGUUCUAGUAGAAGUAAGACUUCAACAAAGCACUUUUGGGUAGAAGUAGGUACAAUUAUAGGUAGUUGCGCACUCGGAUGUUGAAAUUUUCAAUUGGGUGUUAUAAGGGCAGGAAGCACCUUAGAUUCGUUUUCUUAUCCCUAGCGCCCUAAUUAGUUCGAUCUGGAAGGAUGUUAGGACUUAUGAACACGUGCCAGUAGCUUCAGUAUGUUGAUUGUAGGGUUAUUCCUAUACAGAAUGCUUACGUGCGUGGACACUGGACGCCGCAUGUAUAAGCAACAACAUGAACCUUUUUAUGCGUAUCUACCUAACACUAAGUAUCGAAGUUGUGGAUCCAAUACCAAUCCAGAUUCAUUUAAGGAAGGUAUAAGUUUUCCUCGCAGAAUGAUACCGCCUCUCGCGGCGACACUUGGUGCACUACUCGCUGUUGACCUCACCAAUUCCUGAGAGUUACUUACGAAAAACCGUCACUCUACGUUGAAAAGGGUGCUCUAUCACAUAGACCGCUGUGAGGACGUCCUGAGGCGGCGUUUCGAAUGGAAAUUUAAAAACCAAAAAAUAGAUGGGUCGAUCAAAAAUGAAUUCCAAUCCACCAAUCCAAAAAGGUAGCUACACUAUGACCUAGAACAAGUGGUAAUGAGUACUAGUAGAAAGCACUGGUUGUGAU